AUGACAUCCUUGCAGGAUCAACUCAAGCGCAUCGGCACUGCCGAUUUACGCAAUGUCACUGAAGGGACAAGAAGACACAAAGCUUCGUUCUUAUUUACUUCAAAAGAAGCUGCCGACCAGGAUCUCGAAACGAUCUACUCGAUCGCACACAAUGGUAUCAUGGAGCUCGUGAUUCUUGACAGCAAGUUCGCACCUUUCCAAAAGACGUUGUUUUCCGAGAAAAUGAAGGGCUACGAUCGUGUGCUUCAGACUGCCGAAGAGAACGCAAAGUUGGAUAAGAGCAUUACCGCCUUUUUACAUCAGCUCUCGCCAUACUUUUUGCUCAAACCAGCUGGAAAGGCCGUUGAAUGGCUGAUUCGUCGUUUUCGUGUUCACGACUUUAACGUCGAGGCAAUGCUCGCUUGUAUCCUACCCUACCACGAGACCAAGUCAUUCGUUCGCAUGGUGGCAUUGCUCCAGAUUCAGGAGAAUACUUCGUGGUCAUUCCUCUUGCCUGUGAAAAAGAGCAACAUUCCACUGGAUAGGUCUAUGUUGAUCAAGGCAAUGAAGAAGAGCCGACGUAUCCUCAGCUUUGUAUGCAAGACCGUCAUUGAUGCACCAGUACCAUUCCAAAUCUUGUAUUCGUUUUUUGCUGCUACACUCACCGACUUUGUCAACGCUACCAACAGAGUUACAGACGAUACAAUGGUUGCCCUGUUGCCUUAUUUGAUUGACUCUGUGGCUCGUCGCCAGAAUCCCGAACUCCAGAUUGCAGCAUAUAUGGUCGUAUCCCAACUGUGCUCUCGUGAAGCGCUUAGCCAUGAUGCUCUUGUUUCGAUCACGAACAAGAUGCUCAUGAAUUACAGCGAAAGUUUCUUCAGCCAUUGUUUGCUUACGAUUGUCCACAUCGCCCAAUCACAACACAGCUUCCAAGGGUUCAGCCACAAAGCCGUCAAACGUAUCUUUAACGCACCAGCCUUCGAGACCUGCUUCCUUGAUAUUGCCCAAAAAUAUGCAAUUGAUCGUUUCAUGUCGCUUACCAUGACUGAAUUCUGCAAAGCAGUUCCCAAUUCGGAAAAGAAGGCUGAGCUGUUGAACAACCUUGCGGUGGAGGGUCUGUUAUCCCACGACAACAUCCGCUUACUUUCCAGCUGUGCUAUCAAGGGCUAUCUCGAACUUGAAGAGCCCGCAUCCGAAUCCGGCACUGCAUACAUUGACGCUUUCCGCCCCCUUCUCGUAACUUUAUCGCAACGCUAUAUCGAAGAUUUGGACGUCGUUUUGGAGGAAGAGAUAAAAAGCGUCCAAGAUGAUACUGUGCAGUCCAAGGCACUCUACGAAUUCUCUGCAGCUGGUUUCAAGGGUACUGGCCAUGAGAUUGUACAAGAAGCGAACACCACUCUGUACCUCAGCUUGAACAGCCCUGCUGCGUCCACUCGUUUGCUCGCGAUGAAGCGACUUGUCAACGUAAUUGGGGACAAGGAUAGCCCAUUGGUUCAGAACCCCGAAAUCAUCGAAUCUUCUUUGCUGGGAUGCUUGGAAAGCUUCAACGAGCUUCUGUUGUACGUUGUCUGUGAUAUUCCCAAUCACUUGCUCAAGUUUGUCCCUGGCCGAAAAAUCCUCGCAUCACUAUCCCAGUUGCUGCAAGAACGUGGUGCAUUCCGCAAGGAAGCUGUUCCUGUUCUCAAAUUCCUUUUGGGUGAUUUUAGCAAGCAAUACCCUAAGCUGUCAAUCGAUGUUGCACGCAUCUUGGCCCUCUUUGUCUUCGCUGCACCCGGACAAUACGUCAAGAGCCUCGUCAAGCAAGUGAAGGACAUCGAGCUGGAUGGCAAGUCGGCACUUGGUCAACUCUUGGGCCACUUGCGUGAGAUUCUGCAAUCGGUCAAAGAAAAAGAAGAAGAUGUCGACUCUAUCAGCAAGCUAUUCAUCAUAAAAGAAGCCAGCAGUUUCACGACGUCGCCAAACUUCUGGACAAGCAUGAUCGGAGAAGGAUCUGCCCCUCAGAAGAUCAUUGCUCUGUUGGUUGUCACUCAAGCUAUGAAGGGUUACUCCAACGCAUCGAAUUAUAUGCUCAUCACUCACCAUAUUUUGGAUCCAAUGUCCAAUGACGAGAAGGUCGCUUUGUAUGAAACCAAGUUGCCUGCUUCUUUUACAACCACUGAUGGCACAUUACCCGACAAGACCGUCAGCAUGUUGCGCAAGUUCCAUGACCUCCCAAAGGCAGCUAUGACAAACCUGACUCAGUACACCUUCUCUGUCAUGGUUACAUCUCUCAAGGCUGAAACCACGAGUGUCGACUGGUUUAAUAUGAGCGAGAAGGAUCAGCAGUACGGGGCUCUUUUGAAGAAACUUUUUGAAACCUUUGUGCGGGGACCUACUCUUGGAUGCUUUGAAAGCAUGUUAUCCGCUUUGGUAGCACGACAUUUAAAGGAAGACGUUUUUGCAUUCUUGAUGAGCAUAUGGAUUGAUCAAGGUUAUUCUGCUGCUGUUAGAGCACGCUCGUUACAAAUCGCUGCAUCACUUAUGCGUCAGUAUGUCGAUGGCGACAAUGAUCUUCAGCAUCUCAUUCCGUCCCUUAUCGCCUCGCUCCAAGACACCGAGCAGCGUAUCCGUCUAUGUGCUACCCAGUGCCUGCGUCAAUUGCGUCGCUUGUACAGUCGACACGGUCUCAUUGCCACCAAGAAGGACGACAAGACUCAAGCUAAUGGUGGCAAGAAAGCCAGUGGCCUGUCUAUUUUGAGCGCUAAUACCAUCUAUGCAAAACAGGACAUGGCGAUCAAGGAUAUUCGGACUCAAUGCGCAGCCAAUUUUAUUGAAGUUAUCUCGAACAGAAGCCACGAAAUUACCGAAGACCACGCAUGUAUAUUCAAGCUUAUCAGCGACUUUUUCCUUUCCAGCGAAGCAUCUAAAGACAAGCAAACCAAGGCGCAAGGAACUGCCAUUUUGAACUUGUUGUUGGAUCAUAUCAAGAAGUCUCCAUCAACCCAUAUUCAAGUCUCUCUUCUCACCUUGCUUGACGACAUUCAUUCACCACAAAAAUUGCAAGGUGUGCUACCACUAUUGGACGUCAAGAGCAUAAGCCCGACGUUGAUUGGUCUGCUUAUUCGAUGCUACUUGCCGCAGAAUGCCGCACAGUUUGGCAAGGCAGGUGACAAGUCAUUGCCCUUGUUUCUGCAGUUGCUGCAAAACAGUAGCACCUUGCAAGGCGAAGAUGAAGACGGCUGGCAGGUGUCGACUCGACGCUGUGCGCUUAAGCAGAUCUCGCCCGAAUUUUUCCAGAAUGCCAAGGAAAAGGUUCAGCGGGAAAUUUUUGGUGCACUUGUUGAUAUUGCAACCAACGCGGAACAGCACGAUGUUCAUUUGGCCAAGAAGGUCUUGGGUGAAAUCCGUAUCCCUGUCAAGUUGUUCGAUGAGUUUUUGACAUCUGUUGUCAGCGCAUUGAAUCAAACCAUUGCAGAUACCGAAGCGACUGCAAAGCGUGCUAGAAAGGAAAAGCAGCGAAGUGCUGUCGACUUGUAUGAGUUGGUCACGGUCCUCGAACUCAUCGAAUCAACAGUAAUUGAACACGAUGUAUUGCUUGUCAAGCGACUCUUUGACACGCUUGCAGCCAUGAUCAAUGCCGAAUUGCGCGAUGCACCAGUCUCCUUGGAAUACAUCAGUCAAUUAAUCAUGUCUUCGCUUACUCGUAUCAUUCGCACAGCUGAAGGUCAAAAGGAAUCUCUUGAAGAAUCCACGCUUCGUGUGGACUCUGUUGUGCAGUGUAUCCGUACCACGAGCAACCCACAGACGCACAAUCAAGCGCUUUUGCUUAUGGCUACCAUCGCCUCAAUCUACCCCGAGACUGUUUUGCACAAUAUCAUGACCGUGUUUACAUUUAUGGGUGCCAACGUACUUCGCCAGGACGACAAUUACAGUUUCCAGGUCAUUCACCAGACUCUUGAGAAGAUUAUACCACCCUUGGUUGAAUCCAGCCGACGCAAUAGCAAGAGCCAGGCAGCCAUCACGUUGCAGAUCAAGCCUAUUAUCAAGGUGUUUGUCGACGCGCUUAUCCAUAUUCCCAAGCAUCGCCGUUUGCCACUCUUCACGGUACUCAUUCGCACCUUAGGAGAAGGAGAAUUCUUGUAUGCCAUCAUUGCCCUGCUGCUUGAAAAAUAUGCAGUCCGAUUCUCGAAGGAGGACGAUUCCGAGUCUCUAGCAGAGUUCUGCAAGGCCAUCAGCCAGCAAUUUAGCGCAGAAACCCAAAUAAAUGCCGUCUAUUCACUGCUCAACGAUCUGCAUGUCCUGCCAAACGACAAACCACAAGAAGACAACGAAGACACAGAAAUGGCAUCGAUGACAACCGUGUUUGAUUUGAGUGAACACAGUGCGAAGGACCUCCGCCGUUACAAAGUCAUUGUGCUCAACUAUAUCGACCAGUUGCUCGUUUCGCGAAGCUUCCUUGCCAAGGUCAUCGAAGGCAUGAAUGUCGAUCCAGAGUUCGAAGAGAAGAUGCAGCCCAAAUAUCUGCAGACUGUCGAAUUGCUUCUUAAAAUUUUGUCUUACUUUGGCAACUUCCGCGAGCGUUAUGCUGUUUCCGAAGGUGCAAAGUCGGGCGUUGUCAAGUUCUGGCGUAGUACGAUCAAGGUUGUUUAUGACGUACUGGAUCGCGUCAACGGUCUUCUAUCGCUCAAGACGUUUGUUGAUGUCGUGUCGCACUUGCUGAAGCAUGCAGAUGCUACGGUACGACGCAAGGCCAUGAACUUAUUUAACGAACGCGUGGCCGUCUUUGAGCAAAGCAUUUCUAGCGAAGAGGAAGAAUUGCUUGUCGGCAUGACCAAGGAGUUCAUUGCAGCUAUCGAAAACGAGUCGCGCUUGGGAACUGGUGACGAAGACGGCGCCAUCAACAAGCAAAGUGCGCUGCUUUGUAUUUCAACCUUGGCUCGAUUUUCUGGAAACGUAUAUCCUGCUCCAUUCGUUGACGGUCUGCCUGUUAUUUUGGGACCGGACUGUUUGCAGUUGCCCAACAUUCAAGUCAAAAUUUCAAGUUUGUCCUGUUUGGCUGUCAUUUGUCAAGCGACAGGUCCACGGUCUAUUCCUCAUCUUCCAAAGUUUAUGCCAGUUAUUGUGGAGCUACUCUCAAACAAUAUCAAGGCGGAGAACCCCAGCAUCAUGCUUCGUCUUGCGAUUGUGAGCUGUUUGGAAACGGUUGUCGAGGAGCUACCUCAUUUUAUGAGCCCUUACAUUCCCAAGAUAUUCAAUGGAUUGCUCAAUUCAGACAUAUAUGAGCAUGAUGAAGAAGAUCCUCAAACCGCUUUGGUCGAAAACAAGGUUACCGAAGUCUUGUCAAAGAUGGCUACCAAGAUUCCUCCUCGUGUUCUUCUUAACCCUGUAUUUGCAUGCUAUGAGUCCGCCAUGUCUCAGGGUAAAAAGUCUGCAUUGGCUGUUGUUUCAGUGGUCUCAGAUGCUGUACACACAAUGAGCAACGACGUGAUGAUUUUCAAAUUUUUCUUGAUGGCAUUUGAUGUGCGUCGACAAUAUGGCGAUAAGUUUAACGACCUUGAUAUCGGCGAGCUUGAAAGCGCUAUGAUCAACGUCUUUUUGGAUUUGGUCAUGAAGCUGAACGAAACGCUGUUCAAGCCACUGUACCUCAAGAUUGUGGAUUGGGCUACUGUCGAACUGGCCGAAGAAAAGCGCGAGGAAUCAGAGAAGCGUGUUCUCUUCUUCUACAAGCUGUUGGAUUCCUUGUUCGAUCGCUUGAAAUCGAUUGUUACACCUUACUUUGGUUACGUGGUUGAUGACGUGAUUAACCGCUUGCAGCAAUACACUUCUGGCGAAGCAGGAGCGCCUGGUGCUUUGUGGAACUAUAUCAUGCUGUCAUUGCGCAAAUCGUUCCAAUACGACAAUGAUAACCUGUGGAACGCUAGCAAGUUCGACAAGGUUCUGGACCCUGUUGUGGAGCAAAUGAUGUUUAUGGGUGAAAACGAGUCUCCAGACCAGUACCUGACAAGAAUGUCGACCUACUUGGUGCCUUGCUUGGGACAAAUGGCCCAAACUGUUGCAAACGAUACGCUUUGGAAGCCAAUGAACUACAAGGUGUUGAUGAAGACCAGAGAAGAUGUGCCAGAAAUCCGUUUGGCCGCACUUAAAUGUUUGGAAGAGUUCUACACCUGCAUGGGUGAAGAAUGGCUCUUGUUCUUGGCUGAGAGCAUCUCGUUCCUCGCGGAACUUAUGGAAGAUGAUGAUCGUCGUGUGGAGAAACUUGUACAACAAGUAAAUGCUCAAAUCGAGUUGCACUUGGGCGAAUCGCUCGACAAGUUCUUCAAUUAA